GUAUAAAAGGAGAAUAAACUUAUUUAGAUUUCUAAAGUCAAAGUCUCGAAUCCAGCCCUAUUAUUCAUUUUGCAUAAUUAUAAGCAGGCUUUCUUCAUCUUCUUUCAUGUCGGUUUCUGGUAUCCAAGGACUCACUCUCGAAGUUACUGUUGUUGCGUGUAACAAAUUGAAGGACACAGAAUGGUUCUCACGGCAGGAUCCUUACGUGUGUGUUGAAUAUGCUAGCUCCAAAUUCCGUACAAGAACUUGCACGGAUGGUGGCAAAAAUCCCACAUUUCAAGAAAAAUUUGUAUUUACGUUGAUUGAAGGCCUCAGAGAAUUGAAUGUUGUAGUUUGGAACAGCAAUACCAUCAGUAACGAUGAUUUCAUCGGGAGCGGAAAGGUUCAGCUUAAUAAGGUUCUUUCACAGGGUUAUGAUGAUAGUUCUUGGCCACUUCAAACUAAAACCGGCAGGUAUGCAGGAGAAGUAAGACUCAUAUUGCAUUACGGGAAUGCCAACAAACCCGGUAAAACAUAUGCUCCCUCAGCACCACCAUUUGUAACACCACAAUCUUCCUUGUAUUCUACACCCCCACCAGCCGCUGCUCCUUACCCACAUCAAACCCCGUCAUAUCCAGCUCCAUCACACUAUCCUUCAUACCUGCCAAAUUCAGGAGGAUAUCCACCAUCUUCGUACCCUCCUCCCCAGCCAGCUGCCUAUCCUCCCCAACCUUAUCCCCCAACAUCAGCUUAUCCACCCGCAUCAGUGUACCCACCUGCCUCAGCUUAUCCAGCAACAUCAGCUUAUCCGCCGACAUCAGCUUAUUCACAAUCUGUAUACCCACCUCCUCCCCAAACUUCUCCUUACUAUCCACCAGGUCCUUAUCCAGGAACAUAUCCUCCGCCAUACUGAGAAUCUGAAAUGUUACUGCUCCGCGUCCAAGUGCUAGUUAAUUUGUAAGAAAGCAAAUGUAUAGAAUUUUCGUCAAAGGUUGAUAGAUGUCUAGCAUCGAGAUGGUGUUUUUUCUUUUUUCUUUUUUCGUACGAAGUACAUAUCAUGGUCAUGUUUAUGCUCACUCGUCUUCUCUAGGAAUAAUAAUGUGUGUGGUAACCAUUUUGUCUGCACAUUAUAAUAAAGAGCUUUGAAUUUGAUGGUUCUA